AUGGCGAAAGCAAUUAAAGCAGUGUGGAACAAAACUUACCCGGCAAUAAGAGCAGCAAAGCGUUACAAGGUUCCCUACUCGACACUUUAUAAAAUGUUAAAUGCAGCAAAACCAGGAUCCAAAGAUCCAUUAGUUAUAAUUGCGGGAAGAAGGGAAAGAAAUGGUAUAUUUCCUAAAGAAUUGGAGAAGACAAUAAUGGAAUAUUGUCUGUUAAUAAAGAAGAAGUUUUAUGAAAUAAGUUGUAAAGACAUAAGGCGACUAGCUUAUCAGAUGACAAUCAAGAGUGGAAUAACUACUACAUUCCAUGACAGUAUGGCCGGUAGACAAUGGUUUUAUCGCUUCAUGUCUAGGCAUAGCAAUGAGCCGAGCGUCGGAAGAUCUAAAAUUACAUCGCUUGAACGCAUCUCAAACUUUUUUGACCUUUUGGAAAUGGGAGAUGUCAUCCGUCAGGCUAGACCCAACUGGACACUUUUUACUGAGUGGUUUUCUCAUUUUAUUGAGAAAACAAGACCCACAGCUGAAUCUCCAGUUUUACUCAUCUUAGAUUGUCAUUACACGCAUAGGAACUUGGAUGUUAUUUUAAAAGCACGAGAUAAUCAUGUGAACAUCCUGGGUUUGCCAAACUAUUACAAAAUGCUUCCAAAUCCAGUGGAGAAGGCAUUCCUUUUCCCUUUGAGGAGAUAUUACAAUGAAUACAUUACAAACACACUGGAAAAGCAAAAAUUAUACACCUACGACAUUGCAAGACAAUUUGGCAAAGCAUAUCUCGCAACUCAAAGAAUGAAAAAUCCAAUUGAUGGUUUCAAAUUGACUGGCAUAUAUCUACCAAGAAAUUGUUGCAGGUGUUGAAUGCAGGUGAAGACAGACGAUGACGAUGAUACAACCUCCUGAAUUGCCAAGUGAUUCAACGGAUGCUGAAGAGACAUUAAUAGAGGAUGAAACAGCAGGACCAUUAAUAAGCUACGUCUUGCAAGAAGAUAUUUAUUUUUAAACAAAUAUGGAAACAUGUGAAAGAAGAAGCUAACAAAUAGAGUCCGGAAAGCACUUCCAGUCACUGUCCUGACCAACUCUCUAUAUAAGAAAGGUUUCCAAAACUACGAUAACUACGAGAGCAGUCCAAGCAGUCUCUAAAGAUACAAAAGAAAGCACAAGAAAGCUCAAUUAGGAACCAACAAAUGACCAAACAGGCGCACAAAGCAGGCAAAUAUGUGAAAAGGAAAGCGAAAAUUACAAGAAAAAGAUGAAGAUAAAGGAAAUGCUCCAGAUAACGAAGCAAAAAGAAAGCGAUCUUCUGUUAACUUAAAUUUAACUUUUUGGGAAAGAAACUCCUGGAGAAGGAGAUAUAUGGUAUCUAUGGGUUUUUUAUGAUAAUUCGAUUGAAAAGAUAGGACCGAAAGAUAUGAUGGACCAUAACCGUCUACUACCUUCAUGACUCAUGAUUAAAAGUUAACCACAACCAUGUUCACCCUCCGUGUGAUUCAUGGAUCAUUUGGGAAAUGGUAAAAAUUUGAAUUGGCUGCAAAAUAAAAUUAGAGGUGAGACCCGGAAUUUCCAUUUAAGGAAAUAGUAAUAAGGAGAGGUCUAUACUUGUAUGCGUAACAGUCGCAUAGUUCUAUAUAUCAUUAGACCGCUAGCUCUUUUUAUUUUGUAUUACAAAUUGGAUCCCAAAAAGUAGGUAUUGCAUAUUACUUGUUAAGAAGAAAAAAAAUAGGAUUGGAGAUAGAUAAAUAUAAUAUGGCCGAUGUCUACAAUCAAUCCGACGUGAAUGUCAUCCUAUUAUUAAUGAUUCUGUACAUAUUUUUCGGAACCAUGUACUUUGUAGGAAUUAGCGGUCUGGUAAUAUAUAGAAGUCUGUUGAUAGUUGUCGUCAAUUUACUGAGCAAUUACGAACAUGAAAAAUCACGAGUGUUCCCGAAAUGACUCACGAAUCACACAGCGUUAGCGAAAAAUACACUGUUGCAGGCAUCAACAUAUAGUACUGGACGGAACAUUUGGUUGAAAUCGUGUUGACAGGUGUAGAAAGAGACAAGAUGUGUGAGUAGGAGCGGCUUGUGGAACAACAGGACCAUGAUGCACUUAUUAUUCUAUUGUCAGAACCUGCUGACAGAAUCUGUGGCAGAUAGUGUGCAAGGUCUAUUUUUAUUGGAUUGGCCUACCUGUUUUAAGACCCGGUAAAUAUCAUUAUGGCCAAUGCAAUAGAUAUAUUAUGCACAAAUGCAUAAAUACAUCUGUUAUGUUGACUUAACCUUAUUUAACGGGCCGCAAGCAUAUAACUGUAAAUAUUAUUGAUUUUACUUACGCAUGAG